AUGGCAACGGUUCGACUUGUUAACGCGCGACACCCUGCUCCCAAUGGCGAACAAACACCUUUGAUACCUGUAAACAUUUGUUCAGCCCACCAGCAGAGAUUUUUGGCCCUUACUAUAUAUGGCGUUUUGCUAGCACUUAAGGCAUAUACGGUAAACCUAUUUUACUGGUGCCUGUUAGAUGCUCUCUUUUUCUUUGGAUUGUAUACUUUACGAAUACCGUGGCUACAAAAAUCCCUGUGGUUUUGGUUACUCUGUUUUUUUGUCUCCUGUCUUAUCAACGCUAGUCUUAUAAACCCGCUUUGGGUUUACGACGUGGAAUUAAGGAAACAUGCUUAUGAUGUGUUCAGCUCGUCCUCUCUACUCAUUCAACAACAGUAUCUUAGGUUAAGAGGUGAGAAGGUGCGAGCGGUUAGUUCCGAGGAAAAUAUUCAAAUAGAAGAUGUGAGAUAUAACUCGUCUCAUAUAAAGGGAAAGCAUACAGUUCGACUGCUACCAUUUGCCAGCGCAAAAUUAAAUCCGGAUGAUGAAAGGCUGUGUUUGCAAAGGAACGAUAAAAAAAAGUUCAUCGAAUUACCUAUACUUUUUAAUCGGACUUACCCACAUGCAAUUACAUACUCAAGAGUGGAUUUCGAAGCCGGUGCUAAAACUCUACACCAAUUUUCUUCAAAAGACAUUGAGCGGCAUCGUAUCGUUGAUGUGAUUCAAGAUGGUGUCUAUGUUUAUAUACCUAUUAAUCAACCGGGUGCAUAUCGUAUUGAAGAGGCAUCUGAUGAGGAUGAAAUGGGAAUAAAGAUCUAUAAUCGACAGGAAGUCAUAGUUUAUUGCCCUUCAGCGGAAUUAGUACCAAAGUCAGAUUUGAGUUUGUGUUUUGACGAUGUAAUAGAAGUCGAUCUAGUAUUGGAAG